AACACGAAUGCAGCCAUAUUCGGCAUCGCGAAGCAGCACACCGGCUAGUCCCGCUCACACGCGAGGAUUCGCCCUCCUCGAUAAAGCACAGAUUUUUGGGGGGCGUAUUUAUGUAGGUCGAAGGUGUGUGUAGUUCUUCGUUUAUUCCUGAAGAAUUCCAGCUGAGCGGAAUGAGCGUCCAGUCAUCCUGAGAUUCGACGGGAGAAAAAGCCCCAACACAUCCCGCAAAGUGGAAAGUACAGAUUUGUCCGGAUUAAGGCGAAUGGAGCCGACGGGGCCUCGGGAGUGAGGAGGGGGGAGGAAACGCUGGAAACCGGCGGAUAACAGCGGGGAUAGGCGCAUUAGGGCUUCGUUUAUCUCAGCACAAUGUUGGGCACAUUUUGCUAGCUGGCUAGCUGGAUGGCUGGCUAGCAGUUGGAGUCUGGGACUUUAGAGUUCCACACGUUUUAGGCAGAUAGAUACCAACUGUGUGUAUUUAUAACGCGAAUACCAGUUAUAUUAAAUCCGACAAGUGUUAUUCCAUAUUUUCUGGCUCUGGGAGUGGUAGCCAGGCCGCUAAAUUGGUAGAAAAUGUCUGCGAAGGUGCGCCUGAAGAAGUUGGAGCAGUUGCUGCUGGAUGGCCAUCAGAAAAACGACAAGUCACUGAGCGUGGAGACACUGCUGGAUAUUCUCAUAUGUUUAUACAACGAGUGCAGUAACUCGCCCUUAAAACGGGAAAAACACGUGACGGACUUUUUGGAAUGGGUGAAGCCGUUUACAACCACUGUGAAAGAGAUGCGCCUUCACAGAGACGACUUCGAGAUGCUGAAAGUGAUCGGCAGGGGAGCCUUUGGAGAGGUUGCUGUGGUGAAGAUGAAGCACACGGAGCGGGUUUACGCCAUGAAGAUCCUUAACAAGUGGGAGAUGCUGAAAAGGGCUGAGACGGCAUGUUUUCGGGAAGAGAGGAACGUCCUGGUGAAUGGAGACUGCCAGUGGAUCACUACCCUUCAUUAUGCUUUUCAGGAUGACAACUUCCUGUACUUGGUGAUGGAUUAUUACGUUGGCGGUGACCUGCUGACGCUGCUUAGUAAAUUUGAGGACCGGCUACCGGAGGACAUGGCCAAGUUCUACGUGGCGGAGAUGGUUCUCGCCAUCCACUCCAUCCAUCAGCAGCGCUACGUACACAGGGACAUAAAACCAGACAACGUGCUGCUGGACAUGAAUGGCCACAUCCGACUCGCUGACUUCGGCUCCUGUCUGAAGAUGAUGCAAGACGGGACGGUCCAGUCUUCAGUGGCUGUGGGCACACCAGACUACAUCUCUCCAGAGAUCCUGCAGGCCAUGGAGGACGGCAUGGGGAAAUACGGGCCGGAGUGUGACUGGUGGUCUCUGGGCGUCUGCAUGUAUGAGAUGCUGUAUGGCGAGACACCCUUUUACGCUGAAUCCCUGGUGGAGACCUAUGGAAAGAUCAUGAACCACGAGGAGCGUUUCCAGUUCCCUUCCCACAUCACUGAUGUAUCAGAGGAUGCUAAAGACCUGAUCCAGAGGCUGAUCUGCAGCCGAGAGCGCCGGCUAGGUCAACAUGGCAUCGAGGAGUUCAGAAAGCACGCCUUUUUCUCUGGCAUCGACUGGAAGAACAUCCGCUACAUGGAGGCACCGUACAUCCCUGACGUCAGCUCUCCAUCAGACACCUCCAACUUUGAUGUAGAUGAUGACGUGCUGAAAAAUCCGGACAUUGCUCCUCCAGUAUCUCACACGGGUUUCACCGGGCAGCACUUGCCCUUUGUGGGCUUCACCUACACCACAGAGAGCUGUUUCUCAGACCGUGGCAGCAUGAGGGGUGUGGCACUGUCUGAUGGGGGCACCGGGGAGGAUCUCCAGGAUGGGGGCCUGCAGGUGGAGGCUUUUGAGAAGAGGAUUCGCUGCCUGGAGCAAGAGAAACUGGAGCUCAACCGUAAGCUGCAAGAAUCCACUCAGGCUGUUCAGUCUCUCCAUGGCUCUGGUCGAGGAGCCGGCACACUCGGACGCGAUAAAGAGAUUAAAAAACUCAAUGAGGAAAUCGAUCGGCUUAAAAAGAAACUGGCAGACUCUGAUAGGCUGGAGCACCAGCUCGAGGAGGCAGUGACUCUUCGACAGGACUUUGAAAGUUCCUCCACCAAACUAAAAGCCCUGGACAAGCAAGUCAAAGCCCUCAAGCUGGAGAAAGAGGAUAUUCAUAAGCAACUGGUGGAGUCUCUGGACCGCCUGAAGUCUCAGACCAAGGAGCUGAAGGACGCGCACCAGCAGAGGAAGCUGGCCAUGCAGGAGUUCUCUGAGGUGAACGAGCGCAUGGCCGAACUGCUCUCCCAGAAGCAGCGUCUGUCGCGCCAGCUGCGGGACAAGGAGGAGGAGAUGGAGGUGGUGAUGCAGAAGAUCGACGCCAUGCGCCAAGACAUCCGCAAAACCGAGAAGGCCCGCAAGGAGCUGGAGUCUCAGCUGGAGGAUGCGCGUGCCGAAGCCUCUAAGGAGCGUAAACUUCGCGAGCACAGUGAGGUUUACUCAAAACAACUGGAGAGUGAACUGGAGACACUCAAGGUGAAGCAGGGCACGGGUCGCGCCUCAAGCCUUGGUGCAGAGACUCAGCAGGAGCUCACCAAGCUCAAGUCUGAGCUGGAUAAGAAAGUGCUGUUCUACGAGGAAGAGCUGGUGAGACGUGACACCAGUCACACUACAGAGAUGAAGAACCUGAGGAAAGAGCUCCAGGACUCUGAGGGUCAGCAGCUCUCGCUGCACAAAGAGCUGAUGGUGCUUAAAGACAAACUGGAAAAGGCCAAGAGAGAACGGCAAACUGAGAUAGACGAGGCCAUACGUGCCCUAAAGGAGAAGUAUGAACGUGAACGCAACCUUUUGGGCGAAGACAACCGCAAACUCACUGCAGAAACAGACCGGCUCUGCAAUUUUGUGGACAGGCUGACUGCUCAAAACAGGCAGCUGGAGGACGAGCUUCAGGAUCUGGCAUCGAAGAAGGAGAGCGUAGCACACUGGGAAGCACAGAUCGCUGAGAUUAUCCAGUGGGUGAGCGACGAGAAAGAUGCACGCGGCUACCUUCAGGCUCUGGCCUCCAAGAUGACAGAAGAGUUGGAGUCUCUGCGUAGCUCCAGUUUGGGAUCCAGAACACUGGAUCCGUUGUGGAAGGUGCGUCGCAGUCAAAAGUUGGAUAUGUCUGCCCGUCUAGAGCUGCAGUCGGCCCUGGAAGCUGAAAUUCGUGCCAAGCAACUUGUUCACGAUGAACUGCGCAAUGUCAAAGCUGCCAACAUCUCUUUCGAGAGCAAACUGAAGGACGCAGAGGCUAAGAACAGAGAGUUAGAGGAACAGCUGGAGAACAUGAAGAAGGAGAUGGAGGAGAGCCACUCACGAUCAGACAAAGGCCUGAAACUGCCAGACUUCCAGGACUCCAUCUUUGACUACUUCAAUACCUCUCCUCUUGCCCAUGAACUGACAUUCAGAACCAGCUCUGUCGGAGAUGUGGACGCCGCACCUCAGAAGACUGACAUUCCCCCUUCCUCCCCAUCAGCAACUUCAGAACAGGAUAAAGCAAUCAAGCCUCAAGCGACCACUCCUGCUACUCCUUCUCCAAUGUAUCAGCCCACUCUCACUGCACCAAAGCCCAAAGCCCAUCAGCUGAGCAUCAAGACCUUCUCCAGCCCGACUCAGUGCACUCACUGUACUUCACUGAUGGUGGGCCAGAUCCGUCAAGGCUACGCCUGCGAGGUAUGCUCUUUCAUCUGCCACGUGUCCUGUAAAGACAACGCACCCCAGCUCUGCCCCAUUCCUCCCGAGCAGACCAAGAGGCCUCUGGGUAUUGAUGUGCAGAGGGGCAUUGGCACUGCGUACAAAGGUUUUGUCAGGAUCCCGAAGCCCACCGGAGUGAAGAAGGGCUGGCAGAGAGCAUAUGCUGUAGUGUGUGACUGUAAACUCUUCCUCUAUGAGGUGCCAGAAGGGAAGUCCACUCAGCCAGUCGUGAUGGCCAGUCAGGUCCUUGACUUGAGGGAUGAGGAGUUCUCUGUUAGCUCUGUGUUGGCAUCUGAUGUGAUCCAUGCCAACCAUAAAGACAUUCCCUGUAUAUUCAGGGUAACUUCUUCAGCUCUGAACUCCCCGAUCCGGCCGGUUCCUCUGCUAGUUUUAGCUGAGAGCGAGGCGGAGAAAAGGAAGUGGGUGGGCAUCUUAGAGGGCCUGCAGAGCAUCCUGGCCAAAAACCGACUAAAGAACCGUGUGGUGCAUGUGCUGCAUGAGGCCUACGACAGUGGCCUGCCUGCUAUCAAAACUACACUCUCUGCUGCCAUCGUAGAUCGAGAACGAAUUGUCUUGGGGACAGAAGAUGGCCUUUUUGUAGUCGAGAUCACCAGAGAUGUCAUUGUUCGUGCCGCUGACUGUAAAAAAGUCUGCCAGAUCGAGCUCAUCCCCAAAGAGAAGAUGGUGGCCCUGCUUUCUGGCCGUAAUCGCCAUGUCCAUUUAUACCCCUGGGCAGCACUAGAGGGAGCUGAGGGCGGUUUCGAUGCCAAGCUGACCGAUACGAAAGGCUGCCAGGCCAUGACCAUCGGAAACCUCCGCCCUGGCGGUCCAGCUUGUCUCUUUGCAGGCGUGAAGCGGCAGGUUUUCUGUUAUGAAAUUACACGAGCGAAACCCCAUCAUCGCAAACUGUGGGAGGUGCAGGCGCCAGGCGUUGUUCAGUGGCUGGGGAUCAUUCGAGAACGGAUCUGUGUAGGCUACCCAUCAGGCUUUGCCCUGCUGGCUAUGCAGGGAGAGUCGUCGCCGGUCAGUCUGGUGAGCCCGGGUGACCCCUCGCUGGCGUUUUUGGCCCAGCAGCCUCUGGAUGUGCUUCAUGCUAUGGAAGUGGGGUCCAAUGAGAUGCUGCUGUGCUUCAGUCAGCUGGGAGUGUAUGUGGACGCGACUGGACGACGAUCACGAACUCAGGAGCUCAUGUGGCCCUCCACACCGCUCGCCUGCAGGUCAAACUCGAACUGCCUGACGGUGUACAGCAAUUAUGGCGUUGAUGUGUUUGAUGUUCACACCAUGGAAUGGGUUCAGACCAUCUCAUUAAGAAGAAUUCAGCCUCUGAAUGUGGAAGGCAGUCUGAACCUUUUGGGCACUGAGCAACCCCAUCUCAUCUAUUUCAGCAACAACUCCUCAGAUGGCUGUGACCUGGCCAUCCCCGAGACCUCAGACAACAGCAAGAAGCUGAUGGUGAGGACGCGCAGCAAGAGGAAGUUCCUUUUUAAAGUACCCGAGGAGGAGCGGCUGCAGCAGAGAAGGGAGAUGCUGAGGGAUCCUGAAAUGAGAUCCAAGCUAAUCUCUCACCCCACCAACUUCAAUCACGUUGCUCACAUGGGCCCAGGCGACGGCAUGCAGGUCCUCAUGGAUCUGCCUCUGCCGAACGAGACUCCCUCCCCCUCAUCCUCUCGCCACCAUGCCCUGAUCUCCCCUCCGACCAACUUUGAGCACGUCUAUCACAUGAGUCCCGUCUCUGCCGGGCUCUAUCUGCAGAAAGAGCCUUCCUCCCAGCAGAGCCUCCUUCAGUUCUCCUCUUCCUCCUCCUCUCCUUCCACAUCCUCCCUGGGAAGGAGUGUGAUGCCCUCUUCUCAGGACGACCUGUCUAAAGACAAACCUCGACCUCUGUCCAGCAUCUCACGCCAACAGAGGAGCAAGACCCACAUCACCCGCACUGCCUCAGGAGGGGGAGAUUUUGGAGGAGCAGGGUCGUCCCGCAGUAUUUCUGAUCAGGAUCAAGACUACGAGCGAGAGCCCGACUCCGACUCGACCAAGCAUUCCACCCCCUCGAACAGCUCCAACCCCAGCAGCCCACCGAGCCCCAACUCUCCCCAUCGCAGUCAGCUGACUCUGGACAGCCUGGAUCAGUCCCUGGACGGCUGAAAGAGGACAUGACCCUUCAUAAGCGUCCCAAACACACACACACACACCCUGCAUAUCCACCUGCUCUGCAAGGACUCGCUAAAGAAGUGCCAAGACCCUUCCAGCUCCCCAAGGGCCCAAAGGUUUAAACGAUAAAAAGACGCCUCAAUCGCCACAAGCAGAGAGUGUCAGGUGUGUGUGUGUCCGGAAAAAAAAGAAAAUAAAUCUUCAGAGCCACCAAAAUAAGAGAUAAAACCUGCCCCCUGGUGGAAAUGUCACGGUAUUACACUAACCGGCUCAGAUUAGUAGUAUGACAGACUUUUAUUUUAUUUUAUUUUAUUUUAAACCUAAUUUCAUGCCAUGCUCCUGCAAGUUGUUUUUUUUUAUUGUUAUUUACUUUAGUAAGUGAACAUGCAUCACAUCUGCUGUGUCGGAAUUGCUUCUGGAUGAUUAUUAGCUUCCCUUCAAAUCGCUCAAUUGAGUGGGGGAAAAAGACUGCUGUUUUUAAAUGUAUAUUAUCAGGAUCACUCAUCAAAGCGGCCGAAGAGAGGAGCGUUUUGGGAUUAAAAAAAAUAAUCAGAGGAUGAUAAAGGACUGGGACAUUCUUGUAUAAACCAGUUGGACCAGUAACAGAUUCGUCAGAGAAUCGCCUCAUCUCAUUCGAGCAAUAGAUCACCGCCAGAGACUUUAAAGCCAAACCAGAGGGCACUUUUAUUAUGUAAUUUCUCUCUCACUCUUUCAGUUCUGCAUUUAAACCAGCCUUUAUGAAUAUUCAUGUUUUAACGUAGAUGUUUCCCACAAAGAUAUCUAAUUCAGCUUCGGAGACGAACAAAAGCGACGAAAAUGAAACUUUACGUAUAGAUAAGUGUUUUAAUAUUAUUAAUAAUAAUAAUAAUAAUAAUAAUGAAAACAGAAGAGAACGGCACACGGCUACAACUAUUCAUAGGAUUUCAGUAGUUCCUCUUAAGCUGCUACUGCUGCUUUGUGUGCUCUAUUUAAAAUAAAAGCGAGAAAAAAAAAUGUAUAUGUGAUAAGGUUAUCUCAUCAUAGCCGUGCUCUGGUUCCCGAUGUUGACACGUGCGAUCCGUCACUCGUAUCAGAAAGCUGCUGUGGGUUUUUGUCUGUGUGUUAACAUCGUGCAGGCGUGGCUGGCAUAUCCAUUAUCACUCAAGUGUGCCUUCAGUGCCAACUUUCGUUUCAGUAAUAAACUGUGCUAAAGCAUUUCAGUGGUGUGGACGAGACCGACGGUGAUGUGUUAAGUCUCUACUACCCCCCCUCCCCCAGCCCUUCUGAAACACUGUAAGACACUUGCACACGUUUUUAGUUCAAGGAAAUGAUUUUGUGUGAAUUUUUUUUCUCCUCCCUUCUUUAUUUCCCGUAUUUCACUUGUCUGCUUCAUCAGAUGGACGUUUAUCCUCAGAACACUACUGCUUUUACUUUAAAAGAAGAAGAAAAAUGAAUCACAGGUUGAAAUCUUUGUAAUUAUUGACUUGUUAGCCACAUAAAUUUGAACAAACAAUAAAAGAGUACCUGUUGUGCUUUUUUGUUGAA